AUAUGCUGCGCUCCGGUCUACCAAAUGCACGCCAACGUGCAUUUUGCCUAGUACAGUACGUACUUUAACUGAUUAGCGUACUAGUACAGUAAUUUAGAGGAUUCGCUUUGCUGUUGGUUGGCUGCCGUGGAUGUUGCGUCACCACCGAGGUAGAGAAUAUAGCGAUCAGCACACGAUGAUGGCGGAUACUUAAUAUAAAUGCGACUCUGGAAAACUGUAAGCAGUCAGUCAGGAGAACUAAUGUGCAAAAUGUAAACUUUAUUUGUCAGUGUUUGCCCAGUGUAUUCAGGUUUUACUUCAUAUUGUUUUUCAGGCUUUUUGAUUUGUCUUUCUGUGUAUCAGUUGUGUCUCUGUAUCCGAAGUAGAAAUGGCACCGACUUGUCGGGUUCGCAGUUUGUUGUUCGUGUGGUUGUUUUUUGGGUUGCAUGUUGAAUCAGGUUGCUGGCUCACCAGCCUGAUAGCAGUGAUGUCCAGACGACGUUUCGAAGCUAAUAACCCUGACCCUGCCAACGCCUCUCCUGAAGACCUGUCUCUGCUUGCUUCUGUUAUUGAUGCCGAACAACUAGCUCAACACAAUGUAGUCACCUUGCCGAAUCCGAACGCCAUGCAGCACGACGCUGACUCCGAGCCCGGCGUAGAGCGACCCAUGAUUGGCCAGCGUAAGACCCUGACAUGCCGCGUUGGCGACCCUCUGGCGACUCUGUUGAGUGAAAUUGUUUGGACUCAGAGAAAGCCCUUCGUCCUAUCGAAUUAUCUGUAUAACAGCCAGCGAUAUGUUGGGCCGGACAUCAGCGUGCGCGGCCACGGUAACAGCCUGGACAUCAGCAAUGUCACGCAUAACAGCACGGGAACGUACACCUGCUACCAACGCUGCCCGGCGACGUAUCUCUGUCCGCUGCGGUCCUACGCGCUGCUGCCCAGACCGCGGAACAUCGGUGACGUCUUCGAGAAGCCCUUGGAUAUCACGCUGCUGUAUCCCCAUCGGCAGUUCUCCGCCACGUGCUGGCUGCAGUUUGACUGCUCGCCGGAUGCUGACGCGUACUUUAUCUGGAAGUACAACGGAGCGUUUAUUUCGGCGCCGAGUCGUCAUUUUCUGCACAAGCUGGGCAAGUUAUUUCACAGCCCAUUUGUGCAAAUUACCGAAGUGAACUACCAGUCGGAGCUCGAGGAACCACCGUACUGUGCCCAGACUAUCACUGUCUUUUGGUCGAAGCCCCACAGCGGCGGACAGAUCGAGUGCUGGGCGCGGUCGGACACCGAGCAGGAAACGUGGUUCAUUCAACGGGGAAUCGUGGCGUUCUGAUGCAGUGCGAUGGUUCCUAUUGGAUCUGGAGGCAUCAACCUCCAAGCGCGUUCAACGUUCCAAACAGUUAGCGUUACAUUGUAUUCUCUUUGUUUUAUUGAUUUAUCAAUCCUGUUGAAAUAGUUUAAUGUCGUUUUGUUCGUGUUGUGCUAAAUUCUUCUGUUGUUCAUUUGUGAUAUUCAAACCGGUUCCGAAGAACCACUAACGGCAGCUGUUUCUACUUGCCAUGAUUGCGAUAGUUUUCCUUUAAUUUCAAGAGCAGUCAGCUGAAAGGUAAAAUUUAGUUAAAUAAAAUGAA